CAAUUACAGUAUUUCCAAGCCUCGCCACCACCACGCACUGCUGAUCGACUGUCCCCGCGCCGCCGCUGCUGAGUCGCUUCGCGAGACGUGGAAAACAUCGACACUCGAAAAAAAUACAAAAUCCCCUUGUGUGCUCGCUCCGGCUUCCCUCGCCUGCCCGGCUGUGGCAGGAAAUGGCUCAUUCAGCUCACUUCAUUUGACUGAUUGUACACCACCUACAUACCAGCCCUAUCA